AACUCGUCCUAGUGCAAAGCAAAGUUCGCUAAACCCCCCAAAACCAAUUAAAAUGGCUUUCAUCAAAUCGCUUGUGUGCCUGGCUGUUCUCGGAGUUGCCGCCGCUGGUGUGGUCCCGCUCGCCCACGAAUACCAGGGAGACUACUACGCUCACCCCAAAUACUCCUACAACUAUGGUGUUCACGAUAGUUUGACCGGAGAUGUCAAGUCGCAGGUUGAGAGCCGCGACGGUGAUGUCGUGAAGGGCCAGUACUCCCUCGUCGAGCCGGACGGUUCCGUGCGCACCGUCGACUACACCGCCGAUGAUGUGAACGGAUUCAACGCCGUCGUCAGCAAGUCGGCCCCGUCCGUCCACGCCAAGACCGUUGUUGCCCAUGCCCCGGCCGUCGUUGCCCACGCCGCCCCAGCCGUCGUUGCCCAUGCCGCCCCGGCCGUGUACGCCUCGCACCACGCCCCGGUCUACGCCUCGCACUCGGCCCCGGCCGUCUACGCUUCCCAUGCCCCGGCCGUCUACGCUUCCCAUGCCCCGGCCGUCUAUGCCCAUGCUGCCCCAGCCGUCGUUGCCAAGACCGUCGUCUCGCACGCUGCCCCGGCCGUGUACGCCUCGCACGCUGCCCCGGCUGUGUACGCCUCGCACGCCUAUGCCCCGGCUCACGGAACCGUUGAGUACCAUGGCAAGGCUGCCGCUCCGCUGGCCUACUACCACUAAGCGCUUCCGAUGCACAGUCAACACGCUCAAAAGCUGCCCACUCCCGGAGGACACUCUGCCUGACUUCACUGCCAAAAGUGUGGAUAUUUAUUUCAUCUCCCUAGCUCUAUCAUCCCCGCUCUGGAACGUCCCUCCUCGUGCCCCCGCCUACGGGAAAGCAGCUUUAUCGACCCAACAUCACCUUCUCUUCACCAACGGCCACCGCUAAUGGGAGCAUCGCUCGAAACUUCACUCCGCCGUUCUUUGCCCUGUAUAUAGUUCGUGAUCGUGACCCUUGUGCCACAGCAUCGUCCGUUGGUAGAGCAAGCGACGCAUAUCCAGCGAGAGUAGAUUUGAGUGAACUGCAGAUCGUUUUUUUUAAACUCGGGUUUGGGAAAUUGUCGCGAUUUGGUCUACGAACUAGUUCCGCAUUUCUCGAACACCGCAACGAAAGAUUUCUAGAAUUGAAUCGGAUUCAUUUCGAUUGUAACCUUUGCUUUGCAUCUUUGCUUUUUGCGCUGCUUGCCGGUCGAACCGUCGCAGUGCUGUACGCAUGAGUCCACGAUCGUAAUACUCAAUAUGUACUUCGAAACACAACGAACGAGUUGAAUGUUCCGGCUUUACUUCAUCAGGACUAUCCCUCUUGGGUCCGCGGGUCGCUGCUUAUGAUGGUACCGUCGGCUUGAGGAGGAUAGUCUACUUGUACAGAAUGGAAUGAAUACCGAUGAUGAUAUUAAUUUAAAAUGAAGAAUAAAACUCAAAUGUA